UAACAAUUCCUGGCCUUAUGAAAAUCCUGCAUAUUUGGAUAUCAUAAAAUUACUUGUAAAAAAAAAACGAGGAAAUGGGUCAAGACGGAACAUUAAGCUGAUUCCAAUUACCAUAGCGGUGAUCUCAACAUUAUAUGUCGUGUUCUGGUGUAAGUGUCAACCAUGCCCUAAAGAAUGACAACCGUAGGUGUGGUUCUGGACCUUACAAAACGCCGAGUUUUGGAGAAACUAAUGCGGUCAAAAACUCUUGGCCUAGUAUGGUGGCACUAUUGAUGUACAAUCGGCAAUUUUGUGGUGGAUCUCUGAUUGACUCGAUACACGUAGUCACCGCGGCUCACUGUGUGGUCAGCUUUUCGGCAAGGAACAUUUCGAAACUGAGAGUGGCGCUAGGUAUGCAUAGCUUAAGGCCCGUGAAGGAUCCACAAGUUACGAAGACGGUGUUACGGGUGGCAUACCAUAAUGAUUUCAAUGCGGAAACCUUUUACAACGAUAUCGCUCUUCUGACUCUGGAUUCACCUGUUGUGUUUACUCCUACGAUUUCUCCUAUUUGCCUGCCGCCAAAUGACUCCUCCGAUCAACAUGCUUAUAGAAAAACAGUGGCCAUUGGAUGGGGAGCACCGACAGAAAAUGGAACUCAGGCAAAUGUUUUGCAACAGAUAACUAUUCUAACAAUGACUAAUGCCGAGUGCAGAAACAGAUUCGAUGGCGUGGUAACGAGUGGAAUUGCCGACCAUAUGAUCUGUGCCUCUUAUCCAGGAAAAGACACUUGCACGGGUGACAGUGGAGGUCCAUUGCUAGUUCAAGACAUGCCCGGUGCCAAAUGGAUUCAAAUUGGUAUAAUUAGCUGGGGAAUAGGAUGCGCAGAUCCCGAUUUCCCCGGAGUUUACACUAGAAUCUCGUCUUUUGUUGACUGGAUUGAAAAACAAAAUCAGUUAGAUCUUCAUAUCUUGAUGAGUAAAUGAACCUAUAAAGGGUUAAGGUCCUCUUCAAACCGAUAUCUUCUGCUGUAUUCUUGAAUAAUACUUGACAUCAAUACACUUCUUAUUUGUGGUU